CGAAGGGGAUGUAGCUCAGAUGGUAGAGCGCUCGCUUUGCAUGAUCCCCCGCAUCUCCAUUUUUUUCAUAUGUCAUCGUUUUUAGCCGGCCGGAGAAGAUUAAUUGUUUUGUAACUGUACCGUCCUUGUAGAAUUUCUCUGGUAUAAAAAACUGCAUAUGCUUGUUGCUCAAACAAACAACUGAAAACCUUAUCCUUUUUUGAGCUAUGGAAGGUUUGAUUAAGGUACCAUACGAUGCCACUGUCAAAGUUAUGUUAGCUUCACUUGAACGGAAUCUGUUGCCUGACGCCGUUCUCCGGCGGCUCACUCGCCUCUUGUUGGCUCUCCGUCUCCGUUCCGGCUACAGACCUUCCUCCGACCUACAGCUUUCAGAUCUCCUCGAUUUCGUUCAGUCUUUAAAGGAGAUGCCCGUUGCUAUAAAGACGGACAUGCCAAAGACUCAACACUAUGAGAUUCCGACAUCUUUCUUUAAAUUAGUUCUUGGCAAACAUUUCAAGUACAGCUGUUGCUAUUUUGCUGAUAAAUCAAGCACGUUAGAGGAUGCUGAGAAAGCAAUGCUGGAGUUGUAUUGUGAGAGGUCACAGUUAAAAGACGGCCACUCUGUUCUUGACAUAGGAUGUGGCUGGGGAUCUCUAUCUUUGUACAUAGCUCAGAAAUUCAACAACUGCAAGGUUACCGGGAUCUGCAAUUCAACAACCCAGAAAGCAUUUAUUCAAGAGCAGUGCCAGACCCUUCAGCUGCGCAAUGUGGAAAUUAUUGUUGCCGAUAUCAGUACAUUUGAGAUGGAAGGGACAUAUGACCGCAUAUUCUCCAUAGAAAUGUUUGAGCAUAUGAAAAACUAUAAGGAUCUUCUCAAAAAGAUAUCCAAGUGGAUGAACGAGGACGGCCUUCUUUUUGUUCACCAUUUCUGCCAUAAGACGUUUGCGUAUCAUUUUGAGGACAUUAGGGAAGAUGACUGGAUUACUAGGUACUUCUUUGAAGGUGGCACAAUGCCUGCUGCUAACCUGCUACUCUAUUUUCAAGAUGAUGUAUCUGUAGUCAAUCACUGGCUUGUGAAUGGCAAACAUUAUGCACAAACCAGCGAGGAGUGGCUUAGAAGAAUGGACCAGAACUUGGGCGAUAUAAAGCCAAUAAUGGAGUCAACUUAUGGAAAAGAUCAAGCUCUCAAGUGGACGGUUUACUGGCGGACGUUCUUUAUCGCGGUGGCAGAACUCUUUGGAUACAACAAUGGAGAAGAAUGGAUGGUUGCGCUCUUCUUGUUUAAGAAGAAGUAACUGAGUAAGUAUCCAUACCAAAAAUUACUGUUGGGUUUCCAAGCCUUAGAUGUGAGAUUUCAUGUCCUGUUUUUAUAAUAAAGAAGUCAUUGUUUAGUGUAUUUCUUGGGUGAAUGUAAGAUGUUCUAUAUCUAUUUUGACGUAUUUCUCGCGUGUAAUUUCUAAGAUAUGCUCCUUCCGUCCCAUCAUUUUUCCUUGUUUGACAUGGAACGUUUUUUAUAAAGUAAAGAGUGUGAUAUGUG